AUGGAAGAGAGAAUCCUCCGAUCCCGGCCGUGCGCAACAAACCCAGGCUAAAACGCAUCUUCUAAACUUACCUAGUAACCUCGGAUCAGUUCACUAUAUAUACAUAAACGGUAGCCUGCACAGGACAUACUACAUACGCACUAGCUGCACAGACGCCCCACAAGAGUACUCUACAAGACACAACGGUACGUAGCUGAGGCACCAUGGGGUCGGAGGCCUGCCAUGAGAAGCCGCACGCCGUGAUGAUCCCGUACCCGGCGCAGGGCCAUGUCACGCCCAUGAUGAAGAUGGCCAAGCUGCUCCACGCCCGGGGCUUCCACGUCACCUUCGUCAACACCGAGUUCAACCACCGCCGGCUGCUCCGCUCGCGCGGGGCGGGGGCGCUCGACGGCGUCCCGGGCUUCCGCUUCGCCGCCAUACCGGACGGGCUGCCGUCGUCCGACGCCGACGCCACGCAGGACGUCCCCGCGCUCUGCAACUCCACCAUGACUACCUGCCUCCCCCACCUCCUGGCCCUUCUUGCCAGGCUCAACGACCCGGUCUCCGGGGUGCCGCCGGUCACCUGCCUUGUCGUCGACGGCGUCAUGUCGUUCGGUUAUGACGCUGCCAAGGAGAUUGGCGUGCCCUGCGCGGCCUUGUGGACGGCUAGCGCCUGCGGGUACAUGGGCUACCGCCACUACCCGCAGCUCAUCGAGUGGGGCUUCGUGCCUUUCAAAGACGAGGCCCAGCUCACGGACAAGGCGCACCUGGACACGGUGGUGCAGGGCGUGCGCGGCAUGUGCGACAACAUGAGGCUGCGGGACUUCCCGUCCUUCAUGCGCACCACCGACCGCGGCGACAUAAUGCUCAACUUCUUCGUGCACGAGGGCGGGCGCCUGUCGCUCCCCACCGCCGUCAUGAUCAACACGUUCGACGAGCUGGAGCGGCCGGUACUCGACGCCAUGCGUGCCAUCCUCCCGCCCCUCUACACCGUGGGGCCGCUGCUUCUCCACGCCCACCACGCCGUCCCCGGCGGCACCUCGCUCGACGCCCUUGGCUCAAACCUCUGGAAGGAGCAGGACGGCCUCCUCGACUGGCUCGACGGCCACGGCGCCAACUCCGUGGUGUACGUGAACUACGGCAGCAUCACCGUGAUGACGAACGAGCAGCUCUUGGAGUUCGCGUGGGGGCUGGCCAACAGCGGCUACCCUUUCAUAUGGAACAUCCGGCCGGACCUGGUCAAGGGCGACACGGCCGUGCUGCCGCCGGAGUUCAUGGCCUCCAUCGACGGCCGUGCCAUGCUCACGACGUGGUGCUCGCAGGAGAAGGUCCUCGCGCACAAGGCCGUGGGGGUGUUCCUGACGCACUCCGGGUGGAACUCCACGCUGGAGAGCAUCUCCAACGGCGUGCCGAUGCUCAGCUGGCCCUUCUUCGCGGAGCAGCAGACCAACUGCAGGUACAAGUGCACGGAGUGGGGGAACGGGAUGGAGAUUGACGGCGAGGUGAAGCGGGAGGUCCUGGCGGCGAUGAUACGCGAGGCCAUGGAAGGGGAGAAGGGGCUAGAGAUGAGGAGGCGUGCGGCGGAAUGGAAGGCGAGUGCGGUUAGAGCCACGCUUCCUGGUGGAUCCGCGGUGGCCAACCUGGACUCGGUGAUCCGUGACGUGCUCCUCGCCAAGUUCAACAACAAAAACUGAGUGAGGGCCCCGUGGUUGGGGGUGGAGGGGAUUUCAGUGAACAAACAAGCCCAAAGAGAAUUAUCCACAUGCAUGUUGGGGUCCAAUGCCUAUCCAAGAGGCGAGAGUCGAGAUUUUUUUUAAGACACGGGCAACUUGUAUUUUGUAUGUUUAUCAUCUUUAUUAUGGAACCAAAGUGUAUUUUGGGUAUUCUGUAUUUUGCAUGUUGAUUCCCUUGAUGGAACCAAAGCGUUUUUUGCAUUGUUGUUUUGUUGGUUGAACACCGGGGAUGACAUUGAUGUAUACAUGCAUUCUACCUAAUCUGUAUGCAAACCAUACUAUUGCCUGAAAAUUACACUAGUGUAUUCUUGUGCUUUUUUUUCACCAAUACGCCAAGCUGGCGUAUCAUUGCAUUGAUAGGUAGAAAGAGUACAAGGGUU